UAGAGUUUUUGGUUUUGUUUUCAGUUAACAAUUAAAUAACUUGCGUACUUCCUUUUUAAAUAGAGUAUUUAAUUAAACAAACGUCAAAAAAUAGAUCUAACUCGGGUAUCAAAUACGUAGAAAACUAUUAAGCCCGCGUUGCUGCCAUUUUAACCAAAUUCGGCACUAGCAUUUGUUAUGUCGUGGUCAAAUGCACUUGUCAAAGAAAUCUUAAAACCAGAAAGUUUGAUAAUUUCAUCAGAAAUCGCAGUGGUUAUAGCAGACAAGUUUCCCAAGGCGAGGCAUCACUACCUGGUGUUGCCCUUGGCAGAUAUUCCCAGCAUCUUUCACUUGAACCGCAGCCAUCUGCCGCUCUUGGAGGAGCUUCAUCUUCUGGCCAGGAACGUUGUGGAGGUGAAAGGGGUGCACUGGCAGGACUUCAACGUGGGGUUCCACGCGGAGCCGAGUAUGCAAAGGCUCCAUUUGCACGUCGUUUCCAGGGACUUUGUAUCACCCAGUUUGAAGAACAAAAAGCAUUGGAACUCAUUCAACACCGAGCUCUUUGUGCCCUACACAAAACUGUAUGCCCAACUGGAGAAGGAGAAUAGCAUUUCGAGACUUUCGAAAUCACUGAAAGACGAGCUGCUGGCCAAGCCACUUAUUUGUAAUCAGUGCGAGUUUGUGCCGAAAAAUUUGCCAACACUCAAGGAGCAUCUGGUGGGGCACCUCCAAGAUCCAAAAUCCAUUCGCAAGCGAACUCAGUGAGAACUAGGGAACCAGUUCCUCCCCAUAACAGAGCACAACUUAUAUUAAUUUGAUUUCGGGGAUUUCAACGAAUACAAAAUACAAAUCGAAUCUAUUAAAAUGGAGGUGGAUAAAUUGAAAUAUGUCCGAGAUGAGCUGAAGCGCAAGCUAAGUGAUAAGAGAAACUUUCUCAUCGAGAGUGAUCGGGCGGUGGUCAUUAAAGUAGAUUUUCCCAAAUCGCAAUACCACUUUCGGGUGGUGGCCAAGGAUGAGUUCAGGGAUAUAACUAAGUUAACCGAAGAGCAGCUGCCCUUGCUGGAUCACAUGAUGGAUCUAGCGAAUCAAAUAAUCGAGAAGCAGGAGCACCUGGAGUCGCGUAACUUUCGCAUAGGUUUCAAAGUCAACACCUUCUGGAAUCGUCUAAAUCUACAUGUUAUUUCUGACGACUUUUAUUCCAUGGCCAUGAAGCAUCCAAGGCACUGGAAUAGUUUUAAUACAGAGCUAUUUAUGCCUUUUCAAAUGGUGCACAUGAUGCUCAGUGUGCAGGGAUCCAUUGAACCCAUUCCGGAAGAGAGGCACAAAGAGUUGCAGGAUCAGAAGCCAUUACUUUGCAACCAGUGCGAUUUUGUUACCGAUCUGCUGCUGGACCUAAAGGCUCACCUGUAUCAGCACUGGAUGCGUAAGGAAGGCGAGCGUGAGCAGAAGAAAAAAAUGGAUAAAAUAAUGGAAAUGAUAAAUGAGACUAGGCUGGAUGAGGUGGCUAAACCGGAGCCGCUUCCUGAAAAGCCAGAUCAAGCUCAGCCAGUGGCUGAUAUUGCCCGGAAUCCCAAUCAAAUUCCAAGAAGCCUCUUAACGCCACAACAACAGCAGGGCAAGCAGCAGGCCCAAGGUGGUUACGUCAAGUACGUGUACGGACCUCCAGUCAACAUGAUGAAUCAGAACAAUCCCAACAAUCCAUUCCGGAACACUCCGUCUCUUAAUAUACAAUCUCUGAAUCCGCGUCAACCCAAUAACUUCAAUUAUAGACACCCUGGCUUUGGGCCUCGUGGACCUAUGCCACUUCAAGGUUCAAGGGCUCCUUGGAGUGGUCCGCGCUUUCAGCCUAAUCAACAUCAGAACCGAUUCCGUUUUCCGGGAUCCAACGCGCCGCGUCAACCUAAUCGAAUGGCGCAGCCUGGCCCUCAGCAAUUUCAAAAAUGUGCACCGACAGGUGGUCAAGCUGGACCGCCAGGUCAGCAACAGGGAGUUAGACCAAAAUGGAAUCCAACACAUGCCUCCGAUUCUCAGCAUCCAAAUCAGAAAUCUAAGCCCCAAAACCGCCCGAAUGCCUUUCAUGCCAAGCAACAAUCUGAUAAUCAACAGACUACCCAGCAUCCAAAUCAAAACAAGAAUCCCAAUCAAGUUAAAAGCCAAACACCUAAUAACCCACAAAAUCGAAAGAAGCCGUAUCAACAGAAAAAUCGGCAGCAAUACGCGGGCAAUCAUCAGAAUCAAGGUGCUAAUAAUGCCGCACCUUCAAUUAAUUCCAACCAAGCUUAGGAUCAUUUAUCAUCCUAUUGAUACAAUUCCCACUACCAAACAGCAGUUGGCAAACUACCAGAAAGACUCUAGAUUCGGAAAAAACGAUCCCAAAUUGAUUUUUUGAAGGGAAUCAUGACUUCGGGCGUAAUACCACACCACUAAUCUCUAAUUAGAUAGGAACUAUUGGAUUUAAAAGCUAACUCUUUCCUAGUAAAUGUGAAACAUUAAAAAAAACUGAAUCAAUUUAUACAUAAGUACAUAUAUACAUUGCCAAACUAUAAAACUAUUUUUGUAAUCCUUGCAUAUGUCUGUUAAAAUAAAUUCGUAUUGAAACGCCAAAAA